AUCGUCGUUCAUAAUUCGAAGCUGCAUAAGCACACUUGAACCGUACCACGAAUUCACUCGACGCACCGCAAGUGCGAGCAAUUUACACAUGUGAUGUGAGGUUUUAUUUCCAACACUUAAUAAUUGUAUAUUAUUGUGAAUAAAUAUGCUCACGCUGAAUGGACGACUGGGAAGCAGAAAAGUAGCACAGAAAUUAUUAGCGAGACUCCAAUCAACCAGAGAUGCAGCUAAUACUCAAAGCAUUGAAAUACCAAAAAGAAUAGAGAGAGGUCCUACUGAUAUUCUGCGGGCUCUCGCAAGCACAGUUGGAAAAGAUCCGACUGCACCUCACUUCAAAUAUCAUGACGAUCCAUAUUUCAUUCCAACAUCGAACAGAGCAAAACGAACUUAUGCUCUGUCUCGGGAAGCUGGAAGAAGGGCUGCUAUGUGGAUCAGACAAGAGCAUGCUGAACUUUUUACACAGAUGACUGCAGAUCCCAUUAUCAAGGAUUUUUUGCCACGGGCAGUUUAUGAUGAAAACAGCAAAGUAACGGAAAAAACACUACAUGAUGCAAUACGUGAUGCACAACUAUCCGACGCAGUAACUAUAUAUCGAUUGUUAAAAAAGGAUGGUGUUAGUCUUAAGACAAAGCAAGAUUUGUUAGAACUGUUAUGCUACUACAACGACGAAGAACCUACAUCUGAUCAGUUCCCAGAGGAACGUUGGUUUAGAAGAUCUUUACAAAAUAUUAAACCUAAAUGGAAAUCGAAUGACAUAGUGGACGAACUGUUCGAGUCAUUAAAGAAUGAAGACAGUGCAAUUGCAACUGCAGCCUACAAUGCCUUGAUUUGUGGUACUGCAAAGUACUUGCAGGUGGACAAAGCCUGGUAUUUAUACGAUGAAUGUCUGGCCAAAGGAUUCCCGGUAUAUGUACGAAGUUUCAAUAACAUGUUGAGACUGGUUCAAUUUUCUAAAGAUGCUGGAGAUCAAAGACUGACAUUCAUGAUGGAUGUAUUGAAAACAAUGUCUCGAAACAACGUUCGACCAGAUAUUGGCACUUUGAAUGCUGCUUUACAACUUUCGACCUUAUUAAAAUGCCCUGAACCUGGAAGAAGUGUUGCUCUUUCUAUUUACAAAGAAAUGACAAAUGCCGGUGUGGAGCCAUCACUUGGAACUUAUUUUUAUCUACUCACUAUUUUCUGUCGCACGUAUGGACCAGUUAGUGAAAUUUUGAUUGACAUUUUGGACAGACUGGAAGGAAAAGAAUUGGAAAUUAAGGAUCCUCAAGAUUUAUUUUUCUUUGUAAAAGCUAUGGAUAUUGCUAGAAAUCAUUUGAUGAAUAUUGAUGUAGGCCAUAGAGUACAUAAACUUCUACUCACUGGCAAGAACUAUAACUUGAUUGGUGAAAAUUAUAUGGAAAGUAUAUAUUAUCGCCACUACUUGAUAUUAGCGGUACAAUCAGAGUCGAUUGACUCAUUCAUUAAAUUGUACGAUACUUUGGUGCCGAACAUUUACAUCCCGGAGCCAGAUGUCAUGAAUGAAAUAUUGCUAGCUGUCGAGAUAGCUGGUGCAUCGAUGGCAGAAAAUUUACUUCCCCAGUUAUGGUCGCAUAUGGUGAUGUUUGAGCACACGCAAAGAGAGCAUCUUAUGGUUCACAUACUACAGAUUAUGCACACCACUUGCCAACCCCCCUCUGAUUCAGUCGCGAAUACGCAGUAUGCGGACAUUGCUUGGGAUAUUUGGAAUCGUAUAGAGGGUCAAAGACCUGGUUAUACGAUGGCUGUUAAAUGGAAUGCAGAAAUGCUUGGAAAUGUGACCGUUUUGUUAAUCCGUGGAGGAUAUUUCGACAAAAUGCUCACUGUACUAUCAUAUCUCACAGAGAAGCAGGGGGUUUAUACUGGAAUUCUCUCAAAAGAUCAACUAGAUACUAUUCUAAACGCCUGCCUUGAAAAUGGUCACGCAACUGCAGCUUUGAGUAUUAUAUCAUAUGCUGCAAACAAUGGCAUCGCUGGUGCUGGUCAGAUGGGAUACAAAUUGAUAACUACGCUAUCUCUAGACUCUGCAGAAGAAACAAAAUUAGUUAAUCUAGUGGGUAAAGAAGUUCUUCAACUUCAUCUUGGAUAGUCACUAUUGUAAGAUCUACUCAAGUAUUAGAGUAUUUAAUAAUUAUUGUGCUAUUCGUUGGAUUCGACUUGUCUUGCACCAUAUUUGUAAAUAAAAUAGAAAUUUGAUAA